UCAUUUCCCUAUAUAAACUGCCUAGGCUUCCAUGGCUCUGCCAACUCAAAGCACACACAAAGGCAACGCUACACCAAGAUCAUUAUGGUUUCGGCCAUGAAGCUGUCGGUCACCAUCGUCCUCCUCCUCUCAGGGCUCGUGGUGUUCGGGGAGACCGCGGACGCCAAGGCGAAGGCGCCGUGCGCCGUGGUGUGCUUCCAGGGAGGCCACAUCACCUGCGACAACUACCCCGGCCAGGAGCUCGACGGGUGCGACUGCGAGUGCGCGCCGGCCGACGGCAAGGGCUGCGUGCUCCACCUCGACGACGGCGUGACCCACACCAACUGCCGCACGCCCAAUAUGUAGCUGAAUUGUUGGUUCGAGUUUGAGUUCAAUAAUGCUCUGCAAGCUUGUUGUCGAAUAACGAAAGUGUUCGCGUGUGUGUAGUUUGGCAGUGUAAUUCAACUUACAUGCUUCGAAUAAAAUUAAGUAAAUUGCACAAAA